AUGCUCGACUCAAAUCCUCUCCUCGAUACACCUUCUCCAUCCAAACAUCCCUACCUCUCCGGCAACUUUGCGCCCGUGCAAACAUGCUUUCCCCUAACUCCGUGUUCAUACAAAGGAAGCAUUCCCAUCGACCUCGCAGGUGGUCAAUACGUCCGAAAUGGAGGUAACCCAGUUAUCAACAACGACGAGUCAGCCCGCGAAUCUCACUGGUUCGACGGCGACGGCAUGCUAAGUGGCGUACUAUUUCGCCGAGUGGCAGCAACAGAUGAAGGAGGGGACGGGGAUGAGACAGACACAAUCAUCCAGCCCGAGUUCGUCAACCAGUACCUACUCACAGACGUGUACCGGUUUGCGCGAGCAAAUCACCAUUGGAUGAGGCGCCCGUUUAUGCCGAGCAUUUCUGCACUGCUUGACCCGUGUACGUCCGCUGUGAGGGUGCUGUCGAAAGUUUUGAGGACGGUAGCCAUGGUGAUUUUCUCGUGGCUGCCUGGAUGGUCGAAAACCAAAGUCAAGAGAAUCAGUGUCGCCAACACGUCGGUCCUGUAUCAUGAUGGGAGAGCCUUGGCAACUUGCGAAAGCGGCCCGCCUCUUCGGUUUAUUUUGCCCAGUCUGGAGACGGUCGGGUGGUUCAACGGGACGACCGACAACGAGCCCUCUGGUGACUAUGAGAAGAUUGAUGGAGCGGGUGCCGCAGGGUUUGGUGGAAAGGGCAUGCUCUCAUUCAUGAGAGAAUGGAUGACGGCACAUCCCCGAGUUGACCCGGAAACGGGAGAGUUGAUCGCUUUCCACUCCUUCUCGGUCAAGCCAUAUGUCAGUUACUCGAUCAUUCAGCCCUAUGGGGUUUCAACUUCACCGCGGCUCAUGAGUGUCCCCGUCCCGGGCAUGGCUUGCCCCAAGAUGAUGCAUGACUUUGGCGUAUCAAGGCGCCACACUGUCAUCAUGGACAUGCCGCUUUCCCUGAAUCCGCUCAACCUCUUCAAAGGCAAAGCCAUUCUCUCGUAUAAUAGGGCUGGGAAAGCCCGCUUUGGCAUCUUCCCAAGGUACCACCCGGAGAGAGUACAAUGGUUCGAGACCAACGCGUGUUGUAUCUUCCACGCCGCAAACUGCUGGGAUACCAUCAGCAAAGAAGAAGACUUGAAUGCCUGCAAAGGCGAGCGUCUCGCAACCACUGUUAAUCUCCUCGUCUGCCGUAUGACUUCUGCGUCCCUGAUCUUCAACACCGGUAACCUGCCCACGCCCGUGUCAAAGACACCGAUACCCCCCGAAUACCAUGAGGAAGAGCAGUGUAGAUUAUACUACUACUCCUUCUCUCUCACACCACGAAAUCAACGUAUCCUCCACCAAUUCGCACUCUCUGCCAUCCCAUUUGAAUUCCCUACCCUCUCCCCUGCCCAUACCAUGACCCAAACCCGCUAUAUCUAUGGGUGCACCACCACCUCCCCUUCGGCCUCCUACACCAGCGCCCUAGGCAAAUCCGUCAAGAUCGAUGCCCUGGCCAAGAUAGACGUCUCAACGUUGAUCGCCCGCGGAGCCGCGCCCGACAAUCCUUCCCCUCCGGAGCCGAUAAAAGGCUGCGUAGACACCCGCUCCGUUUCAGACAUCCUCACCUUCUCUUCUUCCUCCCCAUCAUUAGCAGAGGACGACCCCAUAAAAGUCUUCACCUUCCCACCAAACCACUACGCCCAAGAAGCUCGCUUCGUGCCCCGGAAAAACGGCGUAGCGGAAGAUGAUGGGUGGCUACUCACGUACGUAUUCGACGAGUCCCAGAUCGAUGAAGAAUCUGGAGAGUGCAGUGAGGGGGCGAAGAGUGAUUUAUGGAUCAUCGACGCCAAGGGGAUGAGGGAAGUUGUGGCAAGGAUACGACUGCCACAGAGGGUACCGUAUGGAUUUCAUGGGACCUGGUUUAGUGAGGAAGAGGUGCUUGGGCAGAGGGGGGAUGGCAGCAUGAGUCAGCCCCUAGAGGUACUUCAGGUUACUGCCGUGUAA